CAACCUCCAACAACCCUCUUACGCUUGAACCACCCAUCUUCUUCCUCACAGCAGCCCCCAUGGCGCCCACCGUCCGCCAGCCCACCCACGCCGGGUCCUGGUACACCGACGACGAAGCAGUGCUCUCGCGGGAGCUCGACCGCUGGCUCUCCCAGGUCCCCAGCUCCACGACCCCGAUCGGCACCGAGUCCUCGCAAGGGGGCGCCGUGUCGAUCCCCACGCCGAAUGCCCGCGCAAUCAUUGCACCGCACGCUGGAUACUCAUACUCCGGGCCUGCUGCUGCAUGGGCCUACAAGAGCGCUGACUGGGCGAAUGCCAAGCGCGUCUUCCUGCUCGGGCCCUCGCAUCACUACUACCUCACCGGCGCCGCUACGACUGCCUGCGAUGAGUACGGCACACCGCUGGGCAACCUGGCCGUAGACAGAGAGCUCGUGCAGAAUAUAAAGAAGGAAUGGGGUCUGCAGUCCAUGUCCACGAGGACAGACGAAGACGAGCACAGCUUAGAAAUGCACCUCCCCUACAUCUACAAAAUGCUCUCACUGCACAACGACGCCUUCAAAUCGGACCCCACCGCCGUCCCCCUCGUCCCCAUAAUGGUCGGCGCCACAAACCGCAGCACCGAGCAGAAAUUCGGCCGGCUCCUCGCCCCCUAUCUCGCCGAGUCCUCCAACCUCUUCGUCAUCUCCUCCGACUUCUGCCACUGGGGCUCCCGCUUCCGCUACACGUACUACCAGCUCCCCGACGGUUCCGCAAAGACGCUGCGCUCCGCGUCCGACGUCAAAAAGGACUAUCCAAUCCAUAAGAGCAUUGCGGCAGUGGACCAGGAGAGCAUGGAUGCCGUCGAGAGCGGCUCGCACGGCUUCUUUCUGAAGCAGCUGGAGGAGACGGGGAAUACGGUGUGUGGACGGCAUCCGAUUGGCGUGUUCAUGGCCGCCGUGGAGGCGGUAGAGGGGAUGAGUGAGGGGAGGGGCAGGUUUAAGUUUGUGAGGUAUGAGAGGAGUAGUGAGGUAGAGAGCUUGAGAGACAGCAGUGUGUCGUACUGCAGUGCGUUUGCCGUGCUUUGAGAAGGUGCUGCACAGGCAGGGAACCCGCCCAAGGUGGGAUGGGAAAGAGGGAGCUCUUACGGAGAGAAAAGAAGAUGAGUUUUCAGGAUUUGCUCCUCUUUUGGAGCUAUUGGCAUUUAUCACAUGUUCUAGAGCUACGCAUCAUGGGCCGACUCCGACAUUUCAUGUGGAAGGGCGAUAUCAAACCGGAGCUCCCCCAAUCCACCAUGUUUGAGCCGAGAACGAUAGAACUUUACUCUCGCCCGCUUCAUAGCCCAAAUUUAGCACUACGCAGCUUAGCAUCGAG